CGAUCGGAGGCUCGGUCCUGUGGAGACGACGACGACGACGGUGGCGGCGGCGGCGGCUGAGGCGGCCGGGCCGGAGUGGCGAACCGGCGGAUCGACAGAGUAGCCCAGCGCCUCGUGACUAAACAGGAGCCCCCCCCGGUCCUCCCGCCCGAGAAACAGUUGUGUUACAUGAGGGGAAAAGAACGACGCCGGGAGGAGCCGAGGCGGAGGAGAAGCAGCCGCAGCCUCAGCAGCAGCCGCCGCAGCCCCGGAGCAUCAGCAGCGGGAGGAAAGGCAAGACCCCUGGGAGCCGCCACCGCCACCGCCGCCUCCCUCGCCUCCUCCUCUUCCAACCUCCGAAGCCAGGCUUGAUAUCGCCCCUCCCUGCUCUUUCGCCACCCAGCGAUCCUCGUGACCCUCCCUCCCUUGAGAAACCGGCUCCCAUGGGGGAGAGAGGAGCACGGCCCCCCGCCAGCGCCAUCCCCUCCCCGCCGGAGACUGCGCCCCUCCUGAGGCAGCCAGGAUUCAUCUGAAGGACACACAAAUAUCGGAUCAUAAUAGGAAGCGAGCUCGGAAAAGCAGCAACCAGGAACCCACCCAACCAGCGGCAGCAACAACAAGAAUCCACCCUCCUCCUGCACAACUCAGUCCGUACACAUACACACAACACGCAGUGAAUGCAGAUAUCUAGAGAUUAAAACAGGAACAAAUCCUCGCACCCUCCCCUGCUUUAUAUGGAAAGGACUUGUCAGAAGGGCAUCCGCAUAGAGCAUAUUAUACAUAUAGUCCUACAAGGCAAAGGCAGUAGCAGCACGGGUUGGGGGGGUGGGGAAAGCUCUCCUGUACAACUUGCUCCACCAUUGAAAUCUUGAGGUAAAAAUUUCAGAUUUUUAGCAGCAAAGACUGUUAGAAUAGAACACAGAUAUAUAUUAGAUUAUAUAGAAUUUAUUAAAUUAUUCCAGAUUUAAAUAUAUUUUUGGAGCUGUGAAGGGAGUGAGGAGCACCAGAUGUCAUGGUAUUGUUUCCAUUAACGUGUACAUGGGCAGGUUGAAGCGGCUGUUAAGGCAAAAAAGUUUUUUAAAAAUCUUUUUUAAAAAGAAUUCCCAGGAGCUUUCUUUCAUCCCCACUUCAUUCUUGUGCAUUUCCUUUUAGAAAAAAAGGAAACCUCUUAUUUUGUUAACCAAAGAUUUACUUUCUAUUCCUUCUGGAUAUUUGAAGGAAGUGAACACAAGUCUAUCCAUGUCAAUAUUUUAAGUGAUCUCAUUAGUAAGAUUCCAGGAAUAAUAUCCAAAUCAGAUAUCUCAAGUGGGUAGGUGGGAGAAGAAGGGGGAGGUGAAAGAUCUGUAGUGAUUUUCAAUUAUCUUGCUUUAGUAGAAGAACAAAAACAUUUUAAAGUUUUGUUUUGUUUUUUCUUUCCAGGCGGAAUUAAAAUCCUAAAUAAAAUAAAUGGGGGAUUACGGGUUUGGCGUGUUAGUGCAAAACAACACCGGGAAUAAGUCAGCUUUUCCAGUCAGAUUUCAUCCACAUCUGCAGCCUCCGCACCACCAUCAAAAUGCAACCCCCAGCCCCGCUGCUUUUAUAAAUAACACAGCUGCCAAUGGCAGUAGUGCUGGGUCAGCUUGGCUCUUUCCUGCUCCAGCUGCCCAUAACAUUCAGGAUGAGAUUCUGGGGUCUGAAAAAUCUAAAACUCAGCAACAGGAAAAGCAAGACUCCCUAGAAAAACAGCAGCUUUCCCCUAGUCAAAGUCAGGAAGCAGGCAUGCUGCCUGAAUCAGAGAAAUCUAAAUCUGAAGAAAACCAGGGGGAUAAUUCUUCCGAGAACGGCAAUGGGAAGGAGAAAAUAAGAAUAGAAUCGCCAGUGUUAACAGGAUUUGAUUAUCAAGAGGCUACAGGGCUGGGUACUUCAAGCCAGCCCUUGACAUCUACAGCAUCUUCUCUGACUGGUUUCAGUAACUGGUCAGCAGCUAUAGCUCCUUCUUCUUCAACAAUAAUCAAUGAAGAUGCGAGUUUCUUCCAUCAGGGAGGGGUUCCUCCUGCUUCAGCUAAUAAUGGUGCUCUGCUGUUUCAGAAUUUUCCACAUCAUGUCAGUCCUGGCUUUGGGGGUAGUUUUUCCCCUCAGAUUGGACCCCUCUCUCAGCACCACCCUCAUCACCCCCAUUUUCAGCAUCAUCACAAUCAGCAUCAACAACAGAGAAGGUCUCCUGCAAGCCCUCAUCCACCUCCAUUUACGCAUAGAAAUGCUGCUUUUAAUCAACUGCCUCAUCUUGCUAAUAAUCUUAACAAACCACCUUCUCCAUGGAGCAGCUACCAAAGCCCAUCACCUACACCGUCUUCUUCAUGGAGUCCCGGUGGCGGUGGUGGAUAUGGUGGGUGGGGAGGGUCCCAAGGGCGAGACCACCGCAGGGGACUGAAUGGAGGAAUCACACCCCUGAACUCCAUCUCACCCCUGAAGAAGAAUUUCCCAAGUAAUCAUAUCCAGUUGCAGAAGUAUGCACGGCCCAGCUCCGCUUUUGCUCCAAAAUCUUGGAUGGAAGACAGUUUGAACAGAGCUGACAAUAUCUUUCCCUUUCAGGAUCGCACGAGAACUUUUGACAUGCAUUCACUGGAGAACUCGCUAAUUGACAUAAUGAGAGCUGAAAGUGAUUCACUGAAAGCAAGGACAUAUGGGAGAAGGCGAGGUCAGUCUUCACUGUUCCCAAUGGAAGAUGGGUUUUUGGAUGAUGGACGUGGGGAUCAGACGCUCCAUAGUGGCUUGGGAUCACCACACUGCUUUUCCCACCAGAAUGGCGAGCGAGUGGAACGGUACUCCCGCAAGGUGUUUGUAGGUGGUUUGCCACCUGAUAUUGAUGAAGAUGAGAUCACCGCUAGCUUUCGCCGCUUUGGCCCUUUGAUUGUGGAUUGGCCUCACAAGGCUGAAAGCAAGUCCUAUUUUCCUCCUAAAGGAUAUGCAUUUUUGCUGUUCCAAGAUGAAAGCUCUGUGCAGGCUUUGAUUGAUGCAUGUAUUGAAGAGGAUGGAAAACUCUAUCUGUGUGUUUCCAGUCCCACAAUUAAAGACAAACCGGUUCAAAUCCGGCCUUGGAAUCUUAGCGAUAGUGACUUUGUGAUGGAUGGCUCACAGCCUCUAGAUCCGCGGAAAACCAUUUUUGUAGGAGGAGUUCCACGACCCUUACGGGCAGUGGAGCUUGCAAUGAUAAUGGACCGGCUGUAUGGAGGAGUUUGCUAUGCUGGAAUUGACACAGAUCCUGAGCUGAAGUACCCAAAAGGAGCUGGGCGUGUUGCAUUUUCUAAUCAACAGAGUUACAUAGCUGCUAUCAGUGCCCGCUUUGUUCAGCUGCAACAUGGAGAGAUAGAUAAACGGGUGGAAGUUAAGCCAUAUGUCUUGGAUGAUCAGCUGUGUGAUGAAUGUCAGGGGGCCCGUUGUGGUGGAAAAUUCGCUCCAUUUUUCUGUGCUAACGUUACCUGUCUGCAGUAUUACUGUGAAUAUUGCUGGGCUGCUAUCCAUUCACGCGCUGGCAGGGAAUUCCACAAGCCCCUGGUGAAAGAGGGAGGAGAUCGCCCGAGACAUAUUUCAUUCCGCUGGAAUUAAGUGAUUCCUGCAGCGUGUUCAUAUGCAGGCCUCAAAAUAAGUGCACUCUUCUGUUAUCCUGAUUCCCAUGCCCUCCCUUCCUCUUCUCUCUUAUUCAAGAUAGCAUGUCCUACUGUUGUAGUCUGUAACUUAACAAUAGUGUAACAAAAGAAUGACCUAUAAUCAUAUAGGUAUUUUGUAGAAUCUUGUCAUUAAACUGUAUUGGGAACUGCUAUUCAUAUGGAUAACACAGUGCAUGGAAACCAGGUUCUCUUACCUUUAGUUACCCAGGGGGACACUGCUUUCCUGCUAUCUUUUCUUGAAGGAAGAGAGAACAAUAUUAAGAGAAGAGAAAUGAAACAAUAGAGUAUUUUGUUUUUUAAUUAAAUUAUUGCUAAUAACAAAAUCAAUAGAAUACUUUUAUGAAAAGUAAUCAUGAGAUAGGAACACUAUGAAUCUAUUCUGACACUUUGUCCAACCCACCCUUCCUUCUCCCGUUCCCUGCCCAAACCUCUGGGAAGCCUGUUUUCUUGCCGCCUAUGAUUUUAUAGCAAUGGAAACAGUUAGCCGUUAACCUAGUAACAGGAAAGAGCAUGUUUAAAGCAACAAAAAUGCAUGAGCAAGGUUUAAAGCAGCAUUAAGUUAAAUGUUUUAUUUAAGGGUUCCGAAGCUAUUUUUUUAGCACAGUACGUGUUUCUCACCGUGCCUCCGACUUCCCACCACAUUCAAACUUUUACUAAUUGAGUAGGCAGAGCUUAGAUCUGUGUUCUUCAUCCAAGCAAUCACAUUUUAAAAGUUCCUGAAUGUAAAUCCUGGGUCAAUUUACUACUGGGGGUGGGUGGGGAGUGCACUUAUUCUUUGUUGUUGUUGUUGUUGUUAUAUUAUUAUUAUUAUUUUUUUUUAAAGAAGAAACUUCAUUAUCAGAAUACAGCCCUAGAAAUCCUACCAAAGCUAAAGUAAUGACAACUAGUGAACUGGCAUGUCCUCUCCUGAAGAACAAAUGUAUAGAUUUUAUUUUUGAUGGUUAUAUAGAACUCUAUAUCCUAAUUUACUAAUGUUAAUCAGGGGCCAGCCUUUGCUCUCCAUUUUGACGUGAAAUACAAGAACCUAAAGAUAUACCUCAAGAUUAUGAUUUUGAUUCCCACCUUCCCCGCCCGCCUCUAAGACACUAGUAAUUCAUUCUAACCACACAAAUCAAAAUUUGGCUACUUACUGGGCUUACUCUGGGACGUAAAUGUGUUUUAAUCUCUGAAUGAAAUUGGAUCAUCAAAAGCAUAAGAGGGACAAAGUGAAGUUUGUUGCCAGGGAUGUUAUGCACUGUUGGUUGAAUGAAUAUGCAUUGCAUAUUGGCAAAGAAGAAUAUGCUUGUCUUUCAGCAGAGAGCAAGUAAGAAAAUCUAAAUAAAUAAUUCUUUUUGGAACUUAGCACAGAAAAUAAAGAAUUCCAGGGCUCUAAUGUACCAACUUGCUGAGAAAUGCAUGGGUUGUUUGAACCAUAUAAGUGAGAACACAGUAGAUGUUAAAGCUAAAGCACAGGGUGGUGUUGGUUAGUUUGAUAUAGUCACUCGAGCUCUGUAAAGCUGAGAAAAUUGAUAGGAGUGAAUGAGUUCAGUUCUUAAGAAAUGAUUUUGUAGCAGUGUGCAAAACAACCCAGUCCAUUGGCAAUCUGAACUGGCAUGGUACCACCAUAGACUCUUAAACCAAAGACUUGCCUUAGCACAGCUACAGACAAAAAACAACAACAAAUCUCUUCUGUAAGCCCUCUCCCUCCCCUUUUCUUCCCCCUCCCCAAUUAUCUUUGAGAAGCAGUUUUGAUUUUCAACACAUAAAACAUACCUUGUUAUUUUCCAAAGGUCAAAAUGGAGACAUUUGCUGUCUACUCGUCAAGUAGAGAAAGGGAGCUGCUUUUAAUGAAAUCCCUGCAAAUAUUGACAACAGUAAAUGCAAAUGGAGAGUGCUCUUUUGUAGACUGUCAGGGACCUUUUUCUCUGAAGUACAUAAUUAUAGUUGGAAUAUUCGUUUUAAUUUUUUUAAAUGCUUGUAGGUGGCUUGGGGUGUCUUAUUGUGCCGAUCCUACCCAGUGAACAGGUGAGAUGGGUUACCAUUACAAGAAAUAACACUGUUUGAGAAGUAGCUUUGAAUAAUAAUUUUUUCCCUUUGUACAUGACCUGCUGAAUUUCGGUACAGUGUUUUUGUAGCUAACUUAUUUUGUCAUGCACAUAAUGUAUAUUUGUUAUGCACUACUUUUGUAUAUCUUGUUUUUCCAACAGUGAGCAUUUUUAGGCACACUUUUCACUGACGGGAUAUCUCUUUAUGCAAUACCUCAAUUUUUCAUAUUGCAAAGAGUAGCUUUUUGUACUUUUAUUACUGAGAGAUCUUCAUAUACUUCAUUUUUUAAUAUAAAUAAUUUUAAUAAAUUUUAUUUUCUUAUAUUCUGCUUUUUAUACAUUUCAGUGCUCUGCAUACAUUUUGAAUUAUGGAUGUUGUGCACUGGCAAUGCUAUUUUAGAAUUUGCAGAGAAAAGAAAGCAUGUUGCUUAAACAUCUUUAGCCCAGCACCAGGUAUUUGGUGUACAUAUAAUUUAAAGAAAAAAUACUUAUAUGUAAAGUUGAGACUUAAAAAGAAAUUUUUAAAAAGCAUGAAAGUGACAAAUGAGAGAGUUUGUCUUUAGACCCUUGAAAUUUAAUGCAUAAGCAUAGAGUAGAAGUUUAAAAGUAACAUCCCAAAUUGUCUACCGCUUCUUAAUAGGUUUUUAAAAGUAAUACACAAAUGCAGAUGUUUUUUGGUGAAUGUUUAGCCAUUUUUAAUCUUAACAAAUUGAUGUUAGGUGUUUGCAGAGAUGUGUCUGCUCUUUUAAAUCAUAUGUAAGGAAAUAAACCCAAGCCUGCCCAGUGGUGGGCAUGUAAUGUUAGUAUGCAUGACUAAUAUUAAAAGAAAAAUGUUAUUCUACUAAUAUUCACUUGUGGUGAUUGUGUGAAAAGCGUGUUUACAGAUUAUUUGGUUACACUUCAAUUUACAGGGCAUAAAUGAUUAUCUAUAUUACUCUGUACUCUAGAUAGUGCUAAUAUCUAAUGUCCUUCUGAUUACAUGGGAGGGUGGAGUUGCCAUGUCACUCCAAGCAUAACUAACAUGUAAUUAGUUUUAAAAUCUUAGGGUAUCACUUUAUUUAAAGGGGUGUAAACAAGCAUGUCAUUUUCUCUCACAAGCAUGGCACUGGCCAUGUACUUACAAUGUAGUUACAGAGUAAUUACAUGGUUAUUUUUGCAAUGUAAAAUAAAGUGUUUCUGAUUAUUUUAUAUGUAAAGGAACCCCCACUGCCCCGUGCUUUUUUGGUAUAUAGUAUCUACUUCUCCAUACACAGACCUCUGCAGAAAGCAAAUCUAAAACUUGCAGUGAAUGACUUUAGUGUUUUAUAAGGAUGCUGUUGGAAAGACUUGAUAAUUCACCCCUUUUUUGUUUCUUGAAGAGUUAAAGCCUUCUGUUUUAAAAGGUGAUUUAAAACUUGAAUGUGAUGAAUUGUGGCAAGUUAACUUCAAGUUAUGUGCAAUACUUAUUUCAGACUUCUGGAAGAUCUUUGCAGUGUAAUUCUUUGUUUUUAAUUGCAGACAUUUAAAAAUGUCAUUUUCUACUGUUCUAGUAAAUCCUCUUUCUUGCUGGUGUUUCUAAAGAAAAGAAUCAGAAAUCAAUCUUUCUACUAAUGUAAAUUUGAGAUUAUUUUUUAAAAAAAGGAAUAAAAGAGGUUUUGGUCAUUUGCUUUA